GAGUGGUCAGGGAAUGGGUGGACAAGUAGCAGGACGAGGCUUGCCGGAUGGUAUGAACGGACCCGGGCAAAUGGGUGGCCAAGAAGGAAUGGGACGAGGAUCGAUGAAUGGUCGAGGUGGGAUGGGUGCUAUGGGUGGUAUGGGCGGUAUGGGCGGUAUGGGAAGCGGACGUGAACCCAUGGGCAGACAAGGCGGAAUGGGUAUGCAAGGAGGAAUGGGGAUAGGAAUGGGACGAGGAUCAAUGAACCGGCAAGGUGUGAUGGGUGGUAUGGGCGGUAUGGAAAGCAGACGUGGACCUAUAGACGGACAAGGCGGAGUGCCCAUGGGAGGGCAACGUAGUAUGGGCGGAAUAGGAGGGAGACGUGGUGCCAUGGGCGGGCAAGGCGGAACGGGAAUGAAGGGAGGUCAACGUGGCGCAGACAUAAAUGGGCAAAGAGCAAAUGUCAUGCCUAGAUAUGGGGGUGGCAAUAUGAGUCCAUACAACAACAAUGGGUAUGGUUACGGAAAUCAAAAUGGUCCACGUGGUUAUCAGGGUGGCACAAGCGUGCAGAGCAUGUCUUCAGCGGGUGAGGGGAGUUUCGGCAAUCGCCGCUUCACCUAUGGACAAACUAUGGGCAGUGUGAAUGGCAGACCCAUGUAUGGACAGUCCUAUUAUAACGUAAAUGGACGCACUUAUGGCUACGGUGGUAAUGGCCUUACGUUGACAGCUCUACCGAAUGGCACUUUUCUGGAUGGCUAUGGCGUGCUCUACCAACCUCAAAUACCGGAAAAUCUUAACGCCCCGACAGAGAGCACUGACACCACUUCCACAACACGCUUCAGUUGGUUCUGAGCACAAAUAUAAGCACACACAUAUACAUACAUAAAUCGCAUAUUAAAUAAGAAUAAAUGUUUCAAAAAUGGCCUUCGUUUCUUCUUUCGAAUUAUCUGUUGGAAAACAUACACGUACAUCAUGGCAAAUUAUUUUUCUUAUCUCUGGCUUUUGAAAAUUGUUUGUAGCAACAGAUGUUCGACUUUUUGUAUUUUUCUUUUGUUACUGCUGGCAGUCGUUUGUCUUCUGUUUCUAAUUGAGUUUGAAAGAUUUUCUCAAUUUCUCUCUCUAUCCUCUUCGAUUUAUUUCACUUUUGGGCAUUUCUCUUUCGUUACUGUGAAUUCCCCUAUAUGCCUUGCGUAUGUAUGUGUGUGCUUCUAUUUGAUUUGAGAAAAAUUUGCAUUUCCACAAUUGUUCAUUUCUCGAUGGGAAAUUCAAUUAAAUUGUGCAUACAUUUCUAAACGAUAUUCGAAAGAUUCUUCCAUUCGAUUGCGAGUAGAUUCAUUUUCAAUUUGAAAAUUUCUAAAAUGAAAAUAUUUGCUCCUUCAUGGUGGAGCAACGAUUGCUGACAUGCGAUUUGCAAUCUAUUUUCAUUUUCAAUUCACUGUGCUGGUGCAUUCGGUAUGAAAUAACGGUAAAGCCGAGAAAAAAAAUUUUUGUACUCUCCUUUUAUGUGUAAAAAAAAUGGUUUCCACUACGUAUUUGAGAAUCCAGUAUGCUAUUAGCAAGCCUCCAUUAAUAUGCUCCUUGCAAUUGUAAUUCACUUUAAAAAAAAAAUUAAUAAAAUUAUAAAUAUAUGAAAAAUAUUCCAGAAAUUUCUUGGAAAUAUCUUGCUGAGCAAAGCAGUCUGUUAUAUGUUGGAAAAAUUGCCAUAAUUUAGCGAAACAAAUAAAAGUCGUUGUGCUGGUUUUCGAAAUUGCUUGGCAAAUUUUUUUAUCUGGCAGCAAUACCAAAAAAUUGAAAUCAAAAAAAUAUUAAAUUUCUAAAGAACAAAUAUGACUAAGAAGUAGAUACAAUCCAUUUCUGAAAAAUGAGGGUUAGUCAAACUUCAAUAAAACGUUUGGUCAAGCACUUUCAAAUAUUUCUUGUUAAAAGCAACCUAAGUCUAUUAAAUUCUACUAAAAUUUGGCUACACCAAAGCCAUAAAUUUAGUGCAAAAUAAUUCUGAGUCUCACAAACACAAAAAACUUAAUAUAAAAUUUUCAAAGACACCAAAAUUAUAGCCCGCACUGUCGGCAGAAUUUCAAAGGACUCUUUAAUACUAUUUGUUUUUCGAAAUUUUUGCUUGUUUCAAA